AUGAUGGUGAAACUCAGGCAGAUAUCUGCGGGUUACGGUGGUUUACAAGUUAUCCACACAGCGCCUGAUGGCACAGUGUUUAUCGCAUUCUGGUUGAUGUUCCUUAUUCUUAGUUGUGUCGCCGGAAUAGUUUUCGCUGGAUUCGCUCUCUCUGCAGCAGCAGUAAGGAGUAGAUUAUUGGCUACAACAUUCGAAAUUGUUGAGUACGAGCUGCUUGACAAUCACGCUCUUUUACAGUUCUCUUGCCCAUCCGAUCCUGAAUGGAAGGACAUUGGUCAAGUCGGUCAAAAACGCAGCCCACAAAAGGUGAAAUCCAAGGGGAGCAGGAGAUUCGCAAGAUUCGCUGCUAAAACAGAAGGUGGUCAAGAUCCGAACGAAACUAGCCCUGAAGAUAGAGAAAUAAUCCCCAAAUCACCGAAUAGUAGCAGGGAGACAAAAUCCUUCAAACCAGAAAAGACUGAAGAGCCCACUCAACUGGACAGUAAAGAGGAAGAGGAGGAUACUAACCUGAAGAGCGAGAACAAAACUGGAAGGACUCUAAAAACAGAAGAGUACGGCUGUCGCUUUUUCAAGAUUCUGAAUGCAAAGUUCAAUGAGGGCUCGUCGAACAGUUCAUCCUUGUCGCCAAAGAAGGCUUUUCAUUUAAUUCUAGCUUUCAAUACUGGUGCUAUGAUCACUGUCGUCGUUGCAAAAGAAGUAUUUCUUGAUUUGAUUGUGAAAGUAUUCUCGCCAAUUUAUCCAUUAGAAGUUAAAAUAAGGAUAAAAGCAGUACAAAGUUACAUUGAACAAGUCAGACAUAGGGUAUCAGUGGAAGGUUUAGAACGAAAUCCUCAGUUCGCGAGCUUCAUCAGACGAAUGGUAGAGCAAUUGAAACCUCAUGGUUCCAGUUCAUUUAUGGUAAUUAUGGCGCAAGAAGGAAGCUACCCAUGGAUAGAAAACUUCAUGUGUAGCAUUUCACAAUUCGAUUUGCAUCCACAUAUUUCCAUAGUGACUGUCGAUCGUUAUACUACAAUAUCAAUCAACGCCAAAUAUCCGAUGCUUUCCGUAUUUGAACUGAACUUCGACGAACUAUUUGUGGGUUUGUUGAAAUCCAUUUUGAACGUGUUGUAA